AGCCAAAAUGUCCCCAUUCGAAAUGCACCUAGACAUGGUAACAUCCGAAGAUGCGCUCCUAUUGCCUUCCACAGCGACACCUUCAUCGUCGUCUCCCUCUUCAAUACCAAAGUGCCUAACUGAAAGAUGCAAAGUUUGUGAAGAUCGAUCAAACAACAGUAGAUAUGGCGCGCCGGCGUGUCUUGGGUGUACUGUAUUUUUUCGGAGAGCUGUUGUAAAUAAGAUGCAGUAUAGGUGCUUGAGAGAACAAAAGUGUCUUAUUUCAUUCACAUACCGGUGUGCCUGCCGAUAUUGUAGAUUUCAAAAGUGUCUUAAUGUUGGCAUGCGCCCAAACUCAAUUCAAAGGAGGGAUUUAGUGGGUCCUCGUAAGCUGUCUGGAGAUUCCCUACCUGACGUUAUAGUACUCGAAGAUCAAUACGAAACGUUUCUUGAAGAAUUCGCAAGCUUCCAAAAGAAACAGUUCUCCGAGCAUCUUCCAUACUUUUCGGAGCAUCAAGUAGAUGUAGCAUUCCAUAAGGACCAAUCGAACAUCGUGAAAUUUCGCCGUCGUGCUCGCGCUCAUGACGUGAAUAUUAUGCUGAAACUUUGCCUGAAACAAGCAUCCGAGUGGGGAAGUCGUCUCAAGCCUUUUAAAAAAUUGCCGGUAGAUUCAAAAAAGAGUAUGAUGGCUGAAUAUUGUCUCGCGUUCAAUUUGAUAGAUCAGGGAUACAAAACUUCGAAGGAAGCUGAUCUGGGGAUUUGGUUGCUUCAAAAUGGUAGUUUUAUGCAUCCCGACUACUUUUUUGGAUUGAACGUGACAAAUGUUAACAUGGAGAGUAUGAAGCUCAAAACACAACUUCAUCACAAUUUUGUUACCGAAAUGAUAAACUGCCUGGGUACCCCAUUCCGCAGGCUUCAAAUUGACGAUGUCGAGUGUGCCGCGUUGAAAAUCAUUCUUCUACUGACCCCUUCAUGCACCAAGCGAGCUAUCUAUGCUGGUCAAGAAGGUGUGCUUGCGGGGCUUUACACAAAAUGUACCGAAGAGCUCAUGGAUCAUUGCAUGAGCAAGUUUCCCGAGAGCGGAGCCGAACGAUUUGGGGAAAUUCUGCUGUUGUUAGGCGGGAUUCGUUGUGGAAUUAAAGCCAUGUAUAAUCAAACACGUGUCUCGGAUCUCUUCAAUUUCAUGAAACUAGAUCCUACUGUAAGGGAUAUUUUGUUGUCUUGAAGAUUUGUGCAAUAUAUUUAUGCUUGACGGGUUACAUUUUUUGUUAACGUACCAAUAAAAAAAUAAUGUAUUUUAUAUGUCAAAAUCUGUAUUUGAAACCUACUGACAACAUGAUUUUUAAUAGAUUAAAGAUGGAUUAAAGAUA